AUGGCCGACGCACCGUUCGCCUUCCUGCCUCUCGGCGCUAUAAUCCAGAGCUUCGUGGUCGACGGCACGAACAUCGUCCAGGGAUUUCCUACGACCGAGCUUUACCAAUCUCACAACAGCCCCUUCUUCGGUGAGACCAUCGGCCGUGUCGCAAACCGCAUCAAGAAUGCAAGGAUCGACUCCUUGAACGGAAAGUCGUAUGCGCUGGCCGCUAACAACGGGCCGAACAACCUACACGGUGGCAACGUCGGCUGGGGUAAGAAGAUAUGGGCUGGCCCGACACCUGUUGGACUGCGCGAUAUCCCGGGGGUCGAGAGUUUACAGGGAGGAGAGAGCGUCACGUUCACCUUGAAGAGCGAAGAUGGGGAGGAGGGAUUCCCCGGAACUGUGGAAGCCAAGGUCACCUACACCACAGGAACCCAGACCAUAAACGGCAAGGAGGCGGUCGUGUUGGGCAUUGAGUACGAGGCUCAGUUGACAGGUGGCGCAGAGGAGACGGCCAUCAACAUGACGAAUCACUCGUACUUCAACCUGACCGGCGGCCCCUCGAUUGCCGGCACAGAGGUUGAGAUUGUCACCAACUCAUACCUCCCUGUCGAUGACGGCGGUAUUCCCACCGGCGGUCCCCAGCCCUUUAGCAAGUUUGAAGGCAAGAAGCCCUUCACCUUGGGACCUCAGGACCCGGAUAUCGACGACUGCUUCGUUGUCAACGAGGAUCCGAGCAGUGUUCCCUUGGACACCAGGAAGUCAACCUUGACCAGAUUGGUUUCGGCUUUCAGCCCCGAUUCCAAAAUCCAUCUCGAAGUCCACAGCACUGAGCCUGCCUUCCAAUUCUAUACCGGCAAGUACAUCGACGUCCCAGAAGUAGCCGGUGUCUCGGCACGAGGGGCUCGUAGUGGUUUCUGCGUGGAGCCUAGCCGAUACGUCAACGCCAUCAAUGUUCCAGAAUGGAAGAACAUGAUGCUUCUUAAGAAGGGUGAGACUUAUGGGUGUCGUGUUGUCUAUAAGGGUUGGAAGGAGUAG